UGCAUUUGACAGUCAUACUAAUAAAUUUUAGUUCUGUCAACGAAUGAAAAAUAUAAUUUAAUCGUAUGUUACAAUUAAAAUGUGCGAAAUAUCGAAUUGUUGUGAAACCGAGUCAAGAAAAAAUCUCGUUACUGAACAAAGACAAUCUAUACCAUCUCUAUUAGAACCAGCACCAUACUGGUCCAGUUCAGCAGUUGUUCACACAAAGAUUGAGGAAAUAUCAUUAAAUGAUUACAAAGGAAAGUAUUUGAUAUUACUUUUCUACCCUCAAGAUUUUACGUUCGUAUGUCCCACAGAACUGAUACAGUUCAGUGAACGAAUAAAGGAAUUCCGUAGUCUCGAUAGCGAAGUUGUGGCAGUAUCCACAGAUUCUAUAUAUACGCAUUAUGUGUGGAUAACCACGCCACGAAAACAGGGUGGUUUGGGUCAGAUGAAUAUUCCAUUUCUAUCUGAUAAAAGUCACAAGAUCUCCAGAGAUUACGGAGUUCUAAAUGAGAAUACUGGGACAGCACUGAGAGCAUUAUUUGUCAUUGACGACAAGCAGAUCAUUCGCCAAGUUAGUCUUAAUGACUGUAUGGUGGCCAGGUCUGUGGAUGAAGCUUUGCGUCUUAUUCAAGCUUCUCAAUUCGUUGACCAAUAUGGUGACGUUUGUCCAGUUGGACCAAAAAUACCCAGAAAAAAAUCUGUCCCGGAUCCGAAAAAAUACGAGGAAUAUUUCAAUACGUAAUAAUUGAUAAUUCAUGUCAACUGAUAUCCUAUAUAAUGAGAAUUUCAAACGGGAUGGAAACUGGAGAUUUCGGAGUUGUCGGUGUAACGGGUUGUGAUGAUGCCACUUCCGGCGACGACAAUCGUGCAGGCUUCUGAACAUGCACUACACCACACCAAUUACAAAAUCAUGCUAAUGUACAAAAAUU